AUGGCCGUACUGGCCUGGCUGCUGCCUCCGCUCCUGCUGCUCUGCGCGCAGCAGCACCGCGGCACCAGAGCCAUGAAUGACAUUGGUGACUACGUUGGCUCCAACCUGGAGAUCUCCUGGCUUCCCAACCUGGAUGGCCUGAUGGAAGGCUACGCCCGGAACUUCCGGCCUGGCAUUGGUGGGCCCCCUGUGAACGUGGCACUUGCCCUGGAGGUGGCCAGCAUCGACCACAUCUCAGAGGUGAACAUGGAGUACACCAUGACCGUGUUCUUGCACCAGAGCUGGAGGGACAGCAGACUCUCCUACAGCCAUACCAACGAGACGCUGGGCCUGGACAGCCGCUUCGUGGACCGGCUCUGGCUCCCGGACACUUUCAUUGUCAACGCCAAGUCCGCCUGGUUCCAUGACGUCACUGUUGAGAAUAAACUCAUUCGGCUGCAGCCUGAUGGGGUGAUCUUGUACAGCACCCGAAUCACCUCCACCGUGGCCUGUGACAUGGACCUGGCCAAGUACCCCAUGGACGAGCAGGAGUGCAUGCUGGAUCUGGAGAGCUAUGGCUACUCCUCUGAGGACAUCGUUUACUACUGGUCAGAAAACCAGGAGCAGAUCCAUGGGCUGGACAAGCUGCAGCUGGCCCAGUUCACCAUCACCAGCUUCCGCUUCACCACGGAGCUGAUGAACUUCAAGUCAGCGGGGCAGUUCCCCAGGCUCAGCCUGCGUUUCCACCUGCGGAGGAACCGGGGCGUCUACAUCAUCCAGUCCUACAUGCCAUCCAUCCUCUUGGUCGCCAUGUCCUGGGUCUCCUUCUGGAUAAGUCAGGCUGCGGUGCCUGCCAGGGUAUCUCUAGGCAUCACCACGGUGCUGACGAUGACCACACUGAUGGUCAGCGCCCGAUCCUCCCUCCCUCGAGCCUCGGCCAUCAAGGCCCUGGAUGUGUACUUCUGGAUCUGCUAUGUUUUCGUGUUUGCCGCCUUGGUGGAGUAUGCCUUUGCCCACUUCAACGCCGACUACCGGAAGAAACAAAAGGCCAAAGUCAAGGUUAAAGAGCAGAGGGCCGAGAUUGAUGUGAAGAAUGCCAUUGUGUUGUUUUCCCUGUCUGCGGCUGGUGUCAAUCAGGAGCUGGCCAUCUCCAACAGGCAGGGCCGAGCCCCCGGGAACCUUAUGGGCUCUUACCGUUCUGCAGAGGUGGAGACGGGGGAGACCAGGAGGCCAGAGGGGCCCCGCCUGGGCGGCAUGCGGGCGCUCUUCAAGCCCAUUGACGCAGACACCAUUGACAUCUACGCACGUGCCGUGUUCCCAGCAGCCUUUGCGGCAGUCAACGUCAUCUACUGGACGGCCUAUACCAUGUGA